CCGGCCUCAUAAUUUGGGCUAGUUCGGCGCGGGCCCAAUCGAGCAAACGAAAACGAAGAGGAGAGAAAAAGCCCUUGCCUCAAUGCCAUAAAAACCCUAGCCGCCCCUCUCUCUCUCUCCACCCGUGUCCGCCACCACCCAUAGCGCCUCACCAGAACCAACGCGACCUACUCCUCGUCCGGAGGCGGCAGCUGCGGGCGAACCCUGACCCACCACCAUGGCGGGCGGCAAGAUCCAGAAGAAGCGCCACGGGACGGGAGGCGGCGGCGGCGCGCGGCUGCAGGGAGGCAUCCCGUUCGAGAAAUCCAAGGGGCAGCACAUCCUGAAGAAUCCGGCGCUGGUGGACUCGAUCGUCGCCAAGGCCGGUCUCAAGCCCACCGACACCGUCCUCGAGAUCGGGCCCGGCACGGGCAACCUCACCAAGCGCCUACUCGAGGCUGGAGUCAAGGCCGUCGUCGCCGUCGAGCUCGACCCGCGCAUGGUGCUCGAGCUCAACCGACGGUUCCAGGGAAACCCGCUAUCCUCACGCCUCAAGGUUAUCCAAGGAGAUGUCCUCAAAUGUGAUCUCCCAUACUUCGAUAUAUGCGUGGCAAACAUCCCAUACCAGAUUUCAUCACCACUUACAUUCAAGCUUCUGUCGCACCGUCCAAUCUUUAGGUGUGCUGUGAUCAUGUUUCAACGUGAAUUUGCCAUGAGACUUGUAGCACAGCCUGGAGACAGUCUCUACUGUCGUCUCUCGGUGAACGUGCAGCUCUUGUCACGAGUGUCACAUCUCCUAAAGGUUGGGAGGAACAACUUUAGGCCUCCACCCAAGGUUGAUUCAUCAGUUGUGCGUAUCGAGCCCAGGAAGCCUCUCCCUCCUGUCAGCUUCAAGGAGUGGGAUGGCCUUGUGAGGAUUUGUUUCAACCGGAAGAACAAGACCUUGGGCUCCAUAUUUAAACAGAAACGUGUUCUUGAAUUACUAGAGAAGAACUACAAGACUAUGCAGUCUCUCCAACUUGGUCAAGAUGCGGAAAUGGAUCAGGAGAAGAUGUCUGCAGAUGACGUUGCAUUGCUAGCUAAUAUGGUUGAAGACCUGAGCAUGGAGACUGGCGAUGAGAAGGAAGACGAUGAAAUGGAAAUGGAUGAUACAGACAUGGCAGGAGAUGGCGGUGCAAGUUUCAAGGAAAAGAUUAUGGGGAUAUUGCAGCAGGGUGAUUUUGCCGAAAAGAGAGGUUCCAAGCUGAGCCAAGUUGAUUUCUUGUACUUGCUGUCCCUCUUCAACAAGGCUGGUAUACAUUUCUCAUGAGGGAUUCUCUAAUGGGCUAGCUAGACUCUAGAAGUUUUGUUUGUUUCUUUCUGUCAUGUAAGUCGCAUAAAUUAUGUAAGCCCUCUAAGCUCAUGCUCGUGGAAAUUUUUACUGGCCUUUUGUCAUAGUUUUGGAGAUGAUUUGAAGAGUUGUAAGGAAAGAAAUUCUAUUUGGCGUUGCCUAUGCUCCGCCUAGAUUAAUCUAUGGAAUUGGUUGAUGACAGUUGAAAAAAAAAUUCUUUUCUGGUUUCAGUC